GAGGAGGGUUUUGGGGCAUUUGAUCAAGCCGACCCAUCCGAGGAUCCUUCUGGCGAUCUAGGGGACCUAGACUUGUCCGAAGCGGAGCUAUUGUCAGUGGGUACAUCCUCCCGAGCCGAGAUGGGAAUUAAGAGAAAGCCCCCGACCAGCUUACUCGACCUCCUCGAGGGUCAACCGGGGAAGGGUGAGCAAGGAACACCGUAGUCUAGUGCUCCCUCUCCACCACCUCAGCCCCAGACCAUCCAGACCAGGUCAUCCUCUACCAAGUUGCAGUCACAAUCUCCCCGCCCCAAACUUCCUGCUCCUCCCCAAUUAACUCUGCCUCCCCGACCGGAGCCCACUAACUCAAAGAGAAAGAGGAGUCCCAAGGGUAAGGAAGUCAUGGACGGGGGAAAAUCCCAAUCUUCUAAGGAGAGGGAUGAAGCCCUGCGUGUGAAACAAUUAAAGAUUGGGCACCAAAGCAUGGGUAAAGAGACUGAAGCCCAAUCUGCCCAAAGCAAGGGGAAGAGGAUCGAAGCCCAAUCCUCGCCAAGCGCCUGGCUUCCCGCCCCAAUGCUCCACGGGGGGCCACUGCUGGAAACCGCGUCCAUGAGGGACCUUGGAGAUGGCGAGGGCGGUUAUGUGGCCGACGCAUUAGGGAGAACCAUGCUACUUCCCACCGACGUGGAUGAGUUGAAGAAAAUGAGGAUGCAGAAGGUUUUCCUCAGUACGAAGAGGUACUUGGGCAUGGCUUUCCAGGCCACCUAUAGGAUGGAGGAGGAAGUUAACAAGCAGAGUAAGGCCGUUAAGAAUGAACGCUCCAAACGCAUAGAUGCCGCGCGGACUCUCAAAGCUUCCAAGGACGACCUCGCAAAGGCCAAGGAUGCCUUAAAGGAGGCUAUCCGAGAGAGGGAUAGCGCCUCGGCGGGUUUAGAUGGCGCCCAAAAACAGGCCGAGGAACAGACAAAACGUCUACUCGAAGCCGAGGAUCAGUUGCAAAUAGCCAAGGAGCAGAUCAGUGAUUUGAAGAAAAGACUGAUCACGGCAGAGAAUGCUAAAGGUGUGGCGGAGUAUGCCCGGGACGAAACCGUGAGGGCCUAGCAGGAGGCUGAGUUUGCCAGAAACAAGGCCGAAGCUGCUAGGGACAAGGCCGAGGAUGAGGGUUACAAUACGGGGAUAGCUGAAACCCAAGCCUCCCUUAAAGCCCAAAUUCCCGGGGUGUGCAGGCUAUACUGCUCCCAGGUUUGGGAAGAGGCCUUAAAGCGAGUUGGGGUGGAUGCUUCGUCUGAUUUGUGGAAGGCUGAGAGCAUAUUUUACCCUUCAGCCAUCCGUGAGGCCACCUCCGCCAGCUUCGAGGCUGUGAGCGAUCAACACGAGGCAGGGGUUACUUAGAAAGAAGCUGCACAAAUCAGCGUCCCUCUUGGCGAGUCGCUUAAAGGGGGAGAGUUUCAUGAUGUGAUAGAAGCACCUGAAAGUAUGGAUCCCGAGGUGCCCAAAGAGGAUGCCGAGCCUAUGGUCAGCGCUCAGAUCCCUGAUGCCGAAGAGCCAGCCAUACUUGCCCAGCUCCUGCAGGCAAUUCCCCUCGCUGAGGUCCCCAAGAGUACCGACACCGAUCCUGCUCAGUCUUCCCCAGAAGGGACUGUCCUCCAGGGCAUCGAAGCUGGUCUUGUUCUGCCUUCCCAGGAUGUGGCCGACACAGAAUUGAAGAAGUAGAAAC